AUGCCAAUUCGCAGGGCACCAAAGAAAGUAAAGAAAUCAUGCCUUCAGAAGUAUGGAUUUGCACUUGGUUUUAGUGUCUUCUCCAUUUGCGUCUUUGUUGGCUUAGUUCUCUAUCUCGGCGGAGAUAACAGCCAAGCUGCUAACCGCAGAAAGACAAUUGAAGAUCAGAGAAGAGCUCGUCAAGAAACAAAGUCAAGCCUUCCACCAGCUAAACCAGGUGCUGUCAAGGUUACAAAGGAUGGCAAAGUUACAAAGGAUAUUAUCACAGAAGGUAAGGGCCAGCAAGCCAAGAAGGGUGAUCACGUUAGAGUACACUACACAGGAACACUUACAAACGGCGAAGAGUUCGAUUCCUCAGUUAAGAGAAAUCAGCCAUUCGAAUUCACAAUCGGCCAAGGUGUCAUCAAGGGCUGGAGUGAGGGUGUCGCUUCAAUGAAGGUUGGUGAAAAGUCCCGCUUCGUUAUUGACUCAGAAUACGGCUACGGAGAGUACGGCACCGGACCAAUCCCAGGCGGCGCUACAUUGAUUUUCGAAAUCGAGCUCCUCGAAAUCCUUAAGCAAUAA